CGCCCCGCGCCCCGCGCCGGCGCCGUCUUCCCGCCUCCUCCUCUUCGGAAAAAGUCGCCAUUUUGGUUCACUGCCUUCGCCCCCCCCGCGCCGCCAGCGGCCCUUCCGGGCCAGGCCGAGGCCCGCGCCCGCGCAGGUGACAGAGAUGACCGAUCCCUUCUGUGUCGGAAGCAGCCGCCGGCUCCAGGGCCCCGGCAGGAGUGGGCCGGGGAAGGAAGGCGGCAGGAAGGAGGUCCGGCUGCCCGUGCUGCACGACGCGCCGAAGCUGGGGAUGCCGGUAGCUCGCGGUGGACAGACGGUGCCUGGCCAGGCCCCACUCUGCUUUGACCCCGGAAGUCCAGCCAGCGACAGGACGGAAGGGAAGAAAAAGGGGCGGCCGAAAGCUGAGAACCAGGCCCUCCGAGACAUCCCUAGGCCUGGGCCGUGGAGGGUCGGCAGCCUGACCUCUCCCCACACCCAGCUCUCCCUGAUGAACCAGUGGAAAGAUGAAUUCAAGGCACACUCCAGGGUGAAGUGCCCAAACUCGGGGUGCUGGCUGGAGUUCCCCAGCAUCUACGGGCUCAAGUACCAUUACCAGCGGUGCCAGGGGGGCGCCGUCUCAGACAGGCUGGCGUUCCCUUGCCCCUUCUGCGAAGCCGCGUUCACGUCCAAGACCCAGCUGGAGAAGCACCGGAUUUGGAACCACAUGGACCGACCCCUGCCUGCCCCCAAGCCUGGGCCGGUCAGCCGUCCGGUUACCAUCAGCCGGCCCAUUGGGGUCAGCAGGCCCGUCACGGUCAGCAGGCCCGUGCCUGUUGGCAAACCUGUGCCAGUCGCCAGGCCUGUGCCAGUCGGCAAGCCCAUCACGGUCAGCAGGCCCCUGCCGGUCAGCAGGCCCGUCGUGGUCAGCAAGCCAGUGACCGUCAGCAGACACACACCGCCCUGCAAGAUGGCGCUGCUGACCCAGUCUGAGAACCAAGCGCCUCGCGCCAGUGGGCGGAGCAGCGGUAAGAGAAGGGCUGCCGAUGGCCUGGACGCCUGCCCCAUCCCACCCAAGCAGGCGAAGCCUGAGAACGGGCAGUGCGGCCCGUCCAGCACGGGCCAGAGCGCCACCUUCCAGCUGCCAGCCGAGCCGGGCGGCAGCUCCCUGCCACCGGGAGGCAGGCCCUCGGGAAACAAGGAGGCGCUGAGGAUGGCCCAGCAGGAGGAGGACCCCGAGCGCACAAAGCACAGAAGGAAGCAGAAGACGCCCAAGAAGUUCACGGGGGAGCAGCCGUCCAUCUCGGGGACCUUCGGGCUCAAAGGCCUGGCCAAAGCCGAGGACAAGGCCCGCACUCACCGCUCCAAGAAGCAGGAGGGAGGCCCCGAGGACCCGCGGAGGAAGGUGCCCACCCCUCCCACCGCAGUCAGCAAGGAGGCUCCGGCCCCUGUGGCCCACUCAGCCCCAGGUGGCGCUGAGGAGCAGUGGCAGCGCGCCAUCCACGAGCGGGGGGCCGUAGUCUGCCCCACCUGCGGCGUGGUCGCCCGGAAGACCCUGGCAGGGCUCAAGCGGCACAUGGAGGUGUGCCAGAAGCUACAGGAUGCGCUCAAGUGCCAGCACUGCCACAAGCAGUUCAAGUCCAAGGCAGGCCUCAACUACCACAGCAUGGCCGAGCACAGCGCCAAGCCCUCCGACGCCGACGCCUCUGAGGGGGGUGAGCAGGAGGAACGGGAGCGGCUGCGCAAGGUGCUGAAGCAGAUGGGGCGGCUGCGCUGCCCCCGAGAGGGCUGUGGGGCCGCCUUCUCCAGCCUCAUGGGCUACCAGUACCACCAGCGGCGCUGUGGGAAGCCGCCCUGCGAGGUGGACAGCCCCUCCUUCCCCUGCGCCCACUGUGGCAAGACCUACCGCUCCAAGGCUGGCCACGACUACCACGUGCGCUCGGAGCACGCGGCCCCGCCCCCCGAAGAGCCCACGGACAAGCCCUCUGAGGCCGAGGACCUGCUGGGUGUGGAACGGACCCCGAGCGGCCGCAUCCGCCGCACCUCGGCCCAGGUGGCAGUGUUCCACCUGCAGGAGAUCGCAGAGGACGAGCUGGCCCGAGACUGGACCAAGCGGCGCAUGAAAGAUGACCUGGUUCCCGAGACAGCACGGCUCAACUACACGCGCCCGGGCCUGCCCACGCUGAACCCACAGCUGCUGGAGGCGUGGAAGAGCCAAGUGAAGGAGCAAGGCCACGUCAGCUGCCCCAAUGAUUGCUGCGAAGCCAUCUACUCCAGCGUGUCCGGCCUCAAGGCCCACCUCGCCAGCUGCGGCAAGGGGGACCACCUGGUGGGGAAGUACCACUGCCUGCUGUGUCCCAAGGAGUUCAGCAGCGAGAGCGGCGUCAAGUACCACAUCCUCAAGACGCACGCGGAGAACUGGUUCCGGACCUCUGCCGAUGCGCCACCCAGACACAGGAGCCAGGACCCCGAGGUGCCGAAGAAGGAGAAGAAGAAGAGUAGGGGAGGCGGGAAGAAGCGAGGCCGCAAGCCCAAGGCCCCGCCCCCAGAGGCCCCGCCCCCAGAGGAGUCCGCACCCAGGCCGCCCCCACGCGGGGACGACUGGCUCCCAGGGGCCAGAGACAAGGGGGCCCGGGGCUCCACUGGCCGUAAGGUGGGGGCUGGCACGCCACCUGAGAAGUGAGCUGGGGGCGGGGCCUGGCCUCACACUGGCCACUGGGCCCUGUGGUCCAGGCAGGGGCACCAGGGGCAGCCUGGCCUCCAGUUCCAUAUCCACCCAUCCGUGCGUCCAGUGGGGUGCCCAGCCGCCCUCUCCUCCCUGAAGGGAUCCCUUCCUGGGCUGGGCCUCCCAGGGAGUGCUGGGGGCAGCCACGUACGCGUAGCAGCCUGGAUGGCCAGCCCUGGGGAUGCUCUGGUGCCCGUGGGUCGUCUGCUCCCGUGGGCCUUGUUGGGUCCCCAGCCUGGCUUUGAGGCUCAGGUGUCCCUGCUGAGCUGACCGUGGCUCUGGGCGGUGAGCGCCUGAGCAGCCCCUGCUGCCACCCACACUGGAACUGCACCCCCAGCUACCUCCCAGCACAGACCCGCUGCCGCUGCCCGCCCGGCCCCUCCCUUCUGGUGUCUACCUCUCCAGGCCCUGCCCUGCUGUGCUCCUGGCCUCCACGGGGGCUGCUGCUUCCCUCAGGGUGCAGGAGCCAGGAUCCCAGCCCCCACCCUGCAGGCUUUGGGGGCUCCUGGGUAGAUGGGUCCCACCUGAGGAGCGGCUGCCGUGGGGGGCACCUCCCACGGCCCCUCCCCCUGCCUGCCCGCACUGCCCCUUUUGAGUCUGACCCGCCAGUGAGGGCCGGGGCUCGGCCCCGGGGCUCUGUCCACUGCCUUGGAGGAGGGCUGGGGUCAGGCAGGGCCUGAGGAGUGCCUGGAGGAAGUGGCCACGCGCGCCUCCGGGGAGGACACUCAGAGGGUGGGUGCGGAGGGAGGCCCCGGUGCAGGGGAGCGGGCGGGUGGCCGAGGACACGGCCUGGACGGCGGGAAUCGCGGUGUUUGCCUGUGUGCGUGUCUCUGGGUGUAGUGGGCGCCAGUCUUGUUGCUGUGACAAGUAACAACCUUUUUUAAAAUUCUGUUUUUUAUACAAAAACUCAACAACAAUUUGACAUUUUGGUGCUAAGGGUUCGCUGGUGCCCACGGGCUGGGGCUGGGCCCCGGGCCCCUGUGUGGGCCUGGGGGUGGGGUCCCCGUGUGCGGGUCUCUGUUUCUCCUGCAGCUCGGCCUGUCGCGCUGGGGAGUGGGUGUAGAGACACGGACCCUCCGCCCCCCACACACCUUGGUGUGGACAGAGGUGGUGUCUUCCGGCACAGCUGGAGCUUGGGGGCAGGGCGGCUCCCCCCUGUGCGCUGCGGGUGGGGUCGGGUCGGGUGGAGCAAGGCAGCUUAGGGAGUGGGGUCCAGGGUGGGAGGGGUGUGGCCGCUUCACCGGCCUCUCAGGUAGUUGGCGCUGGGUGGGGGCAGCUCCCGGGACACCCCCAAGCCCGCAGGAGGUCCCUGCUGUGGGGAGGGGUCCUGGGAACCUUGACGUUCAGCACUUUAACCCUUCGUUGUCUUUAAGGCGUGGGGGCUGCUGCCGGAGUGGCUGCCCUCCAGCCGGGGCGGGGCGCGCGAGGACCCGCGCCCGGAGGCUGCCGGCCGGGCCCCGCAGAUCUACCUCUGGCUCCGCGCGCCGAGAGGACGCCGUCCGGGCCCUGCGGGGGCGGCGCAGCUGUGUUCCGAGAGCGACUGUAUCCAAUAAACGUUUAUCGAUUUU